UGACAGGAAGUUUACAAAUGUACUUUUCCGCGAUGAUUUUCCCGCGCGCUUAAAGAUCCCCCAGUCAAUUUUCAGCCAACCACACCAGGAAUAAUGGACGAACUAUAUUUAGACAACAUUGAUGAAUACAUAAAUGAUCAUAAUAAAAUAGUGACGUAUAAAUGGCUAAGUCUUGCCCUGGGUGUCCAUGUCAACAUUGCCAAACAGAUGCUUUACCAUUACUUGGACCGGUGUCGAAAGGAUGGGUCAAACACUCAGCUUCAUGCCACCUACCUUGUCUCUGGAAAGUGUGUUCAGAACGGUAGCUUGUGCCACAAGGUGUCUGUGGUGCGUGAAGACAAACUUGAAGAUAUGAAGUCCAGGAUGGAGCCAGCAAUCAGCAUACAUGUGUACAGCAUCCAGAAAGCUGAGAUAAAAGACAGCAGUACUCUUUACAGUACAGACUAUGAUGCCGUGAGAGAUAAUCUGAAAAACUGCAACAAGUACAGUGCAAUCCAUUGUGCUGCUGCCGUUCCCAUGACCACUGCAGAAUUGGAGUUAAUUCAAGAAAUACAACGAACCUCAUCCCCAGAAAAAGUCACAAAAGCUGGAUUAACUGCUCAAGCUCCAGUUGCCAAAACUAAUGUUAAAACGAGUAAAAGCAUUAUGGGGAUGUUUGCAAACAAAAGUACUGUGAAGAGUCAGGGGUCCAACAUAGAAGUGAAAGUGGAAAAGAAAGAAGACGCACCUUCGGUAGUUGAGGCCGUGGAAGUUAAACCUGCAGGCAUGGCGAAGUUUUUCAUGAAAUCAACAAAAAAACAGGACAAAUGCAUCAAGACAGAAGCUGAGCAGUCGUCUCCAGUGGAGAAAAAAGAUCCAGAGCUGCCAUCCAAAUUGGAUGAUGAGAAAGAGAAGGGACUUGGAGAUUUUAAAGCUAAGAGGGAAAACAAGGAUCCUAGGAGUAAGACCAAGAGGCCUGACCUCACGGAUAGCGAGGAUGAGAAGAUAGAGACUGGCAGCCAGAAGAAGAAAAGGCGAAGGAUAAAGAAACCGCAGCUCGAUAGCAGUGAUGACGAAGAUUUACCGGCUAAACCUGCCGUGGUAACAGCAGAAAGCCCAGAAAAGACAACGGAAAAACAACCCACGGCAACUCCAGAAGUCUCUACCGGAAGAAAGAUAAGGAAGAGGAGACGAGUUUUAAAGCCAAAAACGUUUCUUGAUGAAGAAGGCUGCAUCGUGACUGAGAAAGUGUUAGAAAGUGAAUCCUACUCUGAGGAUGAAGAGGUGGAAACCAGCAAACCGAAGGCUGCGGUCUUCCCAUCAUUCCCUGGGAAGAAAGAGGAAGGGAGGAAAAAUGCGAAGAAAACAGCCGCAGCUUCAAAUAAAUCUUCAAAACAAGCCUCCAUCAUGGGAUUUUUCCAAAAGAAAUGAAUUUUCCACUCCUGUCCCUCCAUUAGCUGUUUGCGCAUCUUGUAUGUUGUAUCACGCAAUAAAGAGUUUUUUGGUCAAGACUGUAAA